AUGCUUACAAAGAUCAAAACUAGCAAGAAUGGUAAAGAGGAGGAUGAAGGUCGUGGUGGUGGUGCACGAAAGCCAAGAAUGGCUGGAGAAGACCUUAAAUCGAUAGCAGCUGACGGCUGCUGCUGGUUUGGCUGCCGGCUAGACACAGCGAGAGAGGAGGGGUGUGCUGCGGUGGCUACUGCUUGCGUGGGGAAGGAGAAGCCGGCUGCUACUGCUGGUUUGGAGGAAGAAGAGCGCAGCCCUUGCUGCUGCUUGCGAGUGGAGCUGUCGGUUGAGGGAAGUGGGAAAGAGGCGCACGGGAAGAGAGAGGAAGAAGGAGAGGGAGGAGAAGGAGAAGACGGCUUGUCUUCGAUAACACACGCAAGUGCGAAGAAAAGGAGGGCGGAGGCUCGUAAACAAGCUCAACAAGCCUCUCAAUCUCUUGACAUGGCAGGUCAGGCUCCCGAGAGAACUCUUAGGCAGUCUACACAGCCCAAGGCUAGCAAUGUUACCGCGGGGAUUAGGUUGCCGACUACUAAUGCUGGAAACUUUGACAUCAAAUCCCAUGUUAUGAAUAUGAUCACGGGAAAUCAGUUCUAUGGUCUUGACAAUGAAGAACCCGUCGAUCAUCUGCAGAAAUUCCUUCAAGCAUGUUCUCUACAAAAGAUUACUGGGAUGACUGACGACGAGCUCUACUUGUACCUCUUUCGUUUCUCUUUAGCAGGCAAGGCUCAACGUUGGUAUAACUCUCUUCCCAACACCAUUACUACUUGGGCGCAACUGUCUGAUGCUUUUCUAGUGAAGUAUUAUCCCGGUUAUAAGACUCACGACUACAGAGUUAAGCUCUAUAGUUUCUCACAAGAUGCGGGGGAGACUUUUCAUGAUGCGUGGGAGAGAUUCAAAGAUUACCAAUAUAUGUGCCCUCAUCACGGUAUAGAGAAGGAAUUUCUUAUGCAAUCUUUUUAUAAUGGUCUUGAUAAUGAGACUAAGAGGAUGGUAGAUGGUGCGGCUGGCGGCUCUUUCAUGAACAAACAAACUUCUGAGGCUAUUUCACUCUUGGAUACUCUUGCUGAAAAUCAAUGGAAUAGCUCAUCUAGGCGCGCAGCUCAAGCACCAAGGAAGGGGAAGCAUGAAGUUGAAACUUAUUCCCUUCUAUCAUCACAAAUCUCAGCUUUGAAUGCGAAAAUUGAUGGGAUGCGCAUGAAUGCUAAUACAUCUAUGCCCGUCAAUGCUAUGGCUACCUCUAGCCAAGGUGGAGUUGCUUGUGAUUAUUGCGGUGUGCAUGGUCAUUCUCUAAUGGAGUGUUCCGUUAAUCCCAAUGGAGCUAUGGGGGUGCCAGAGCAAGUCAAUGCUUUUCAAGCUUGUCCUCCUUUCAACAACAAUAGCUACUAUCCUGGAAUUCGGAAUCAUCCUAACCUGUCAUAUCGCAGUAACAAUGUGUUAAAUCCUCAACAACAACAUUUUCCACCACAAGCACCACAACAACAUUAUGGGCAACAUCAGCAAUAUCAGCCCAAUCAAGGACCACCCGGUUUCCAAAGGCCUCCUCAAGGCCAUCAACAGCAGCAUUUUCAGAACCAACAACCCCAAUCCGAAUUGGGGGAGUUGAAAAACAUGAUGGCCCAAAUGGCCAAACAGCUUGAGCAACUCGGUACUCACAAUAAAAUGCUUGAAACUCAAGUUGCUCAAUUGGCUGCAUCUAGCUCCUCUAGACAAGCAGGAGCAUUGCCCGGCCAACCCACUCAACCACAUGGCAAGGAGACCGCCAAUGCAAUCACUACAAGGAGCGGGUUGAGUUAUGAUGAGCCGCCCAUGCCUCACAAUGAAGAGUCAAAUUCGAAAGAAGUGGGCAUUCCUAAAGUGGUUAUUAAUGAAGCACCUUCUGAGGCAGUGCACGAGAAAGAGAAAGCAAAAGAAGAGGCAUUGCAAGUGCCUCCCAUCACACUUCCUUUUCCCAACCGCCAAGUAAAGAGCAAGCUUGACAAACAAUUCGGUAAGUUCUUGGAGGUAGUUAAGAAUUUGCAGGUAACAGUUCCUUUUACUGAAUUAAUCACACAAGUGCCUGCUUAUGCUAAAUUCAUGAAGGACAUAUUGACUAGGAAAAGAGCCUUUAGUGAGGUGGAAACAGUUGCUUUUACUGAACAAUGUAGUGCUUUGCUACAAAACAAAUCCCCUCCAAAACUGAAAGAUCCUGGUAGUUUCUCCAUCCCCUGUCACAUUGGGACACUGUUUAUUGAUAAAGCUUUAUGUGAUUUAGGAGCUAGUGUCAGUGUAAUGCCUUUUUCUGUCUGUUCUAAACUGAAAAUGGGAGAUCUAAAAGUUACCAAUAUUACUUUACAAAUGGCCGACCGUUCUGUUAAAUAUCCUUUGGGUAUUUUAGAGGACGUCCCUGUUAGGGUAGGUAAGUUUUAUAUCCCUGUUGAUUUUGUUGUUCUUGAUAUGGAGGAAGAUCGACAAAUUCCUAUUAUUUUAGGAAGACCUUUCCUUCAUACGGCAGGAGCAGUUAUUGAUGUGAAAAAUGGUAGACUUACACUUUCUGUGGGGGAUGACAAUAUAACUUUCAAUUUGAGCAAUGCUUUGAAAGGUCCCAUGCUUGAGAAAAAAUGCUAUGCUAUUGAUGUAGUUGAUGUGAUUUGUCAUGAUAACUUGCCCCUAACUCUUAUGAAAGAUCCUUUGGAGGCCGUUCUUUGUCUUGAAUCUUCUACAGGUGAUGCUAGCAUUUGGAAGACUGAAAUUGAUGCUAUUGAACAAGCUCUUUGUAAUGAAGAGCUUAGUCACAGCAAAGGCAAGAGAGUGCAGAGGUUAGUUCGGCCUGUAUGCAAAGUUGAGGUAAAGAAGCCCGAACUAAAACCUCUCCCUUCCCAUCUUAAGUAUGUUUUUCUUGAUGAGCAAGAGCUCCAUCCUGUUAUCGUCAGCACUACACUCAAUGAUGCCCAGCUUUCCCAACUUUUAGAUGUUCUGAAAAAUCAUAAGAAGGCCAUUGGGUAUAGUGUUGAUGAUUUGAAAGGUAUUAGUCCCGACUUUUGCAUGCAUAGGAUUCAUUUAGAAGAAGAUCACAAGCCUUGUAUUCAACCACAAAGGCGCUUAAACCCUAACAUGCAAGAAGUCGUGAAAAGUGAGGUAUUGAAACUACUUGACGCAGGCAUUAUUUUUCCUAUUGCUGCAUCUAAGUGGGUAAGUCCUGUGCAAGUGGUUCCAAAAAAAGGUGGGAUGACUGUUGUUAAAAAUGAUAAAAAUGAAUUAAUUCCCACUAGAACUGUCACUGGUUGGCGCAUGUGCAUUGAUUACAGGAGACUGAAUUUAGCUACUCAUAAGGAUCAUUUCCCUCUCCCCUUCAUUGAUCAAAUGCUUGAAAGGUUAGCUUGUCAUAGAUAUUUUUGUUAUUUGGAUGGUUAUUCUGGAUUCUUCCAAAUUCCCAUUCAUCCUGAUGACCAAGAGAAGACAACAUUCACUUGUCCUUAUGGUACUUUUGCAUAUCGUAGAAUGCCAUUUGGGUUAUGUAAUGCACCAGCUACAUUUCAGCGUUGCAUGAUGAGCAUUUUUUCUCAUUUCAUAGAGUCUAUCAUGGAAAUUUUUAUGGAUGACUUUAGUGUAUAUGGUAGUUCUUUUGAAUCUUGUUUGGCUAAUCUCACUAAAGUUUUGAAAAGAUGUGAAGAAUGUAAUUUGGUUUUAAAUUGGGAGAAGUGUCACUUUAUGGUGACUGAGGGUGUGGUUCUUGGCCACAUUAUUUCUGAUAAGGGCAUACAGGUAGAUCGAGCCAAGGUACAGGUGAUUGAGCAAUUACCACCACCAGUCAAUGUGAAAGGGGUAAGGAGUUUUCUUGGUCAUGCGGGGUUUUACCGCCGCUUUAUUCAAGAUUUUUCUAAAAUUGCUAAACCACUAAUUUAUUCCGAGAUGUUACAACUAACCCAACUUCUUCUUAAAGAUGCACCUUUUGACUUUACUGAGGAAUGUGCUGAGUCUUUUAACAGGAUAAAGCAAGCUCUCAUAACCGCACCCAUCAUUCGCCCUCCCGAUUGGGAACUCCCAUUCGAGAUUAUGUGCGAUGCAAGUGAUUUUGCGGUUGGAGCUGUGCUCGGGCAAAGAAAGGACAAGGUCUUGCAUGCCAUUUAUUAUGCUAGCAAGACUUUGGAUGAGGCUCAGGUCAACUACGCCACCACAGAGAAGGAACUUUUAGCUGUUAUUUAUGCCUUAGAAAAAUUUAGAUCAUAUCUUCUUGGUUCCAAGGUUAUUGUGUAUACUGACCAUGCAGCUUUAAAGUACCUUCUUGCUAAGAAGGAAGCCAAACCAAGGCUUAUUAGGUGGAUUCUCUUACUUCAGGAGUUUGAUAUUGAGAUUCGUGAUAAGAAAGGAGCAGAGAAUGUAGUUGCAGACCACCUGUCUAGAAUCAGGUAUGAUGAUGGUAAGAUCUCCUCCUCUAUUGAUGAUUCUUUUCCUGAUGAUCAGUUGUUUGCAGUCACAUCACAGGGUCCGUGGUUUGCAGAUUAUGCUAACUAUGUGGUAGGCGGCAUUUUGCCUCCUGAUUUGUCCUACCAACAAAAGAAAAGGUUCUUGCAUGAUGUUAGAUAUUAUUUUUGGGAUGAUCCUUUUCUUUUCCGUGAGUGUGCAGAUGGAAUUUAUCGCAGGUGCAUUCCUGAUCCCCAAACAAGCGGUCAAGUUGAGAUUUCCAACCGCGAGAUCAAAUCUAUACUAGAAAAGGUGGUUGCAAAGUCUAGGAAAGAUUGGAGUAUGAAGCUUGAUGACACGCUUUGGGCCUACAGAACAGCUUUCAAAACACCUAUUGGCACCUCCCCAUACCGGCUUGUGUACGGAAAAUCCUGUCAUCUUCCCGUCGAAUUAGAGUACAAAGCUCAUUGGGCAAUUCGCGAGCUUAACAUGGAUAACAAGUUAGCAGGGGAGAAGAGGCUUCUUCAACUUAAUGAGUUAGAUGAGUUUCGAUUGUCCGCCUAUGACAGUGCUCGGAUUUACAAGGACAAAACUAAGAAAUGGCAUGAUAAGAAGAUCCUCCCAAGAGAGUUUGCAAAGGGAGAUAAGGUGUUAUUGUUCAAUUCUCGACUCAAGUUCUUUCCCGGAAAGCUAAAGUCUAGAUGGUCUGGUCCUUUUUUGGUUACUAAUGUGCAUAAGUUCGGCUCCGUGGAAUUGAAAAAUGAAAAAGGUGAUGUUUUCAAGGUCAAUGGACAACGUUUAAAGCUUUACCAUGAAGGAAAUGUUGUUGGAACGAUGGAAGUUAUCCACCUUCAUCCUUCUUCACCCUCUUAAGUUGGUCGAACAAAAGGGUCGUGCGGGACCUUAAAAACCAGCACUUGUCGGGAGGUAACCCGA